AUGUCGUGUACAAUCAUCACUUUCGUCUUAGUGAUUACUUUCGCUCUUGCGUAUUCAUCAGCGAAAAUCGAACUUAAUGAUGACAAACAUGUGUAUUUACGUUUGUAUCCCAAAUAUGCUCAAUUAUUUCAUCCAACUGUAAGCAAAUUGGAUUUAUCGGAGGGUGCUUUGAAAGACGAUGCACACUUGGCAUUUUUCUUCAACAAUGACGAAUAUGCGUAUAUCAAUGAAGAAACAUUAACAGUUUUAUAUACGAAUGUCACUCAUCGAUCAAUCAUUUUCCAUGAAUCACCAAAUUUCGAAAAAGUUGGCUCACGAUUCAUUUAUCGCCGUGAUUUAGCCGAUUCUGAAGGUGUUGAAAUUGAACUUGUCAACGUUGAAGAUCGUCUCUUUCGAGAAGUUCGCCGACCAGAUCGUACAUUCUAUUUGACAUCAUUCGACAAUAUUCAGUAUUUAUCUAAAAAACCAAUAUUACCUUAUUAUGAAAUUAGCUUUAUUUGUGAUAAUUCUGCUCGAAGAGAUUCUGACUUACCAUUACCGCUUUUAUCUUAUGUUGAUGAAAGCUUUUCAUGGAAACCAAGAUAUGUCAUCGAAGCAUACUCAUCAGAAUCUCGUGAAGAAUCCUUAAUGCACAGUUAUGCGGAUAUUCAUAACAAUGGCAAUCAUGCAAUUAUCGUUGCAGGAUCAGAAUUUGUUGCUGAUAGUGUUAAACUAAUUCGACAGAUAGACGAACCUCGCGGUAGUUCUGAGGACGCCGUUGAGAUAACAAUCGAUGAAGAUUUUACAGGCUCUUAUGUUUACUAUGCUGCAUCCAAAGCUCCAUUUAGUCUCCGACCACGUUCAACAAAAUCAGUUCAAUUUUUGAAUCCAAGUGUCACAAUCGAACCGCACCGUUUUUACUUAAACGAAUUUCAACCUGUUAACAUCACUGGCUAUCUUUUGUAUGCAUACAACAUCACAGCACACGAUCAAAUUAUUCCCAGUGGUGACGCCUUAUUCUACUCGGAAGGUCGAUUUCUUGGUCAGGCAAGAUUACCCGACAUCGAAGCGGACGACAACCAUUUUGUAACUUUUGGUUAUGACAGUAGCUUUCCAUAUACUCGAACAGUUUCAUCGUCUCAAGUCGAUACAAGCAACAAAACAAUUGAUUAUCAUGUUGAAUACACGUUCCACCGUACUGCAUCAGAUACGAACACUGUUGUACAUUACGUUGAAGUUCUUCAGUCAUUGGGAGAAUUCGAAUUGCGUACGAAUAGCACAAAGGAUGCUUGCGAAGAUCAGAUGAUCUAUGUGCAAGAUUUAGCUUUACAUCAAUUCUUCAAGAUUCCACGAUCAACCAAUCAUUGUACAGUUCGCUUUGAUCUAGUAGUUCAGAAGAAACAAUAA